AUGAAAAUCGUCGUCGCUGGCUCGACUGGCUUUGUCGCCACUGAGAUCAUUCGCCAAGCUCUCUCACACUCCGACAUCACGACCGUCGUUGCUCUCGGUCGUCGAGAGAUCUCCGCACCUCCGAACCUGGGCCCAACCGCUGACCCAUCGAAGCUCAAGUCGGUCAUAUUACAAGACUUUGAGAACUACACAAAGGACGUGAAGGAGGAGCUAACAGGGCUAGACGCCGUGAUCUGGACCAUCGCCAUUGUGCCAUCGAAGCUAAAAACCAUCUCAUGGGAGCAAGCCUGCAAAAUCUCGCGCGACUACGCCAUCAAGGGCAUCGAGACCAUCUCGCAGCUCCCGCGUGAAGGGAAGACCAAGCCGCUCCGCUUCAUCUACAUGAGCGGAUCCCACGCCGAGAGAAAUCAGUCCAAGAAGCCGUUGAUCUUGGGAGAUUACCGUCUCAUGCGGCGUUCCGCUUUGCUUCUGAGGACACCUGCUAAGCUGAGCAUUGCUUCUGUACAGGGCGAUGCCGAAUCGCGCAUUCUUGCGUAUGCACAACAGUUCAACGGCGCGGUGGAGGCAUGCGUGGCCAGGUCCGGGGUCAUCGAGGACCCGGAGGAGACGGCCAUUUUAGCGAAGGUGGGGAGAAUGGUUAUAUGGAUUCUCGUAAAUCUGCCAAAGGUUGCCGUUAGCGUGAUUUCAGCGGCACUGCUAGACCAGGUUGUCAAAGGGUUCGAGAAGGAUACACUUCUGAAUGAGGACCUGGUUCGGAUCGGGCAAAAGGCCUUAGCUGGGCAGAAAUAA